AUGAGCAACACCCCACGAGCAAACUUGAGCCUAGGGACCCCAGGAGGCGGCGGGCAAAGCGCACGCCGAAGGGGAGCGGGGCUGCCUGUGGAGAUCUUCAAGGCCGACAGGAUUCAUCGAACAAACCAUGAAAGAUCCAAGUCAGCAGUAAGCCCAAGCAUCAUCAAUGACGAUGUGAUUAUUAACGGUCAUUCUCAUGAAGAGGAUAAUCCAUUUGCAGAGUACAUGUGGAUGGAAAAUGAAGAGGAAUUCAACAGACAAAUAGAAGAGGAGUUGUGGGAAGAAGAAUUUAUUGAACGCUGUUUCCAAGAAAUGCUGGAAGAGGAAGAAGAACAUGAAUGGUUUAUUCCAGCCCGAGAUCUCCCACAAACUAUGGACCAAAUCCAAGACCAGUUUAAUGACCUUGUUAUCAGUGAUGGCUUUUCUCUGGAAGAUCUUGUGGUGAAGAGCAAUCUGAAUCCCAAUGCAAAGGAGUUUGUUCCUGGGGUGAAGUACUGA